AUGACUUUCUCUCCGAGAAUUCCACACCUGCGAAACGCAGGCACGACGCAGCAGCUCGUGGUCCAUGGCCGACCGUUCCUUGCACUUGCAGCCGAGCUGCAGAACUCCUCGAUGACUUCUGCAGAGUUCAUGGAGCCAGUCUGGCAGAAGCUGGUCGAUACCAACAUCAACACUGUUUUGGGCUGUGUUACUUGGGAGGACAUUGAGCCUGUUGAGGAUCAGUUCAACUUUGCCGAGUUGGACAAGGUUAUUUUGGGAGCGAGAAAACAUGGGCUGCAGCUGGUGCUGCUGUGGUUUGGCUCCUUCAAGAAUGGUAUAUCUACAUACGUCCCUUCAUGGAUCAAGACAAAUACGCGACGAUUCCCUCGUGCCAAGCUGCGCAAGGCUGGCGGUGUCCUCCAGACCGGCGAUGUACUAUCAAUCUUCCACGAAGAAGGAUGCAAGGCCGACAUAAAAGCAUUCUCCCGUCUGCUACAACAUGUCAAAGAGGUCGACGGCGAACACUCGACCGUGGUGAUGGUGCAAGUCGAGAACGAGACUGGGCUGCUAGGCGACUCGCGAGAUGGGUCUGCUGCUGCGGAGAAGCGAUUCAAUGAGCCCGUCCCCGAAGAUCUAGUACAAUUUUUGUCACAAGAUUGGGAGAAUCUCCAUACGGACAUCAAGGUCAACUUGAAGCACUUCAAAGCUCAAACCAAUCCCGCUGGGACAUGGGAGCAAGUCUUCGGCAAGGGCCCACGCACAGAUGAACUGUUCAUGGCAUACCACUACGCCAAAUAUCUCAACAAAGUUGCGUCUGAGGGAAAACAAGAAUACCCAAUCCCACUAUACACCAACGUCUGGCAAAACUACGUCGGCGACAACGACGACAAUGAUUUCCCCAUCGUUGCUGGCGGCGGCGGCUGCCCAGGCGACUACCCGUCGGGAGGCGGCACCAGCACCGUCCUCGAUAUCUGGCAGAAGUUUGCUCCCUCGCUGGAUUUCAUCUCGCCCGAUAUCUACCUGAAUGAUUAUACGAAUACCUGCCGUAAAUACCGCCACCGCAACCAGCCGCUUUUCAUCCCCGAGCAGCGGCGUGAUGAGCACGGUGUGCGGCGCAUUUGGACUGCCUAUGGCUCGUUCCAGGCUAUUGGAGUCUCGCCUUUCGGCAUUGAUACUCUGGAACCCGCGACGAACCCAUUCACCAAGCACUAUGGUCUCCUAAAGUCCGUUUCUCAGAUCAUCCUUGAUGCUCAGACGCGCCCUGACAGCUCAAUUGGAUUCUACUUCGACGAGCUCGCCGCUGACGGCACCGACCCGUCCAAGUCGGUCAUCAAGCACUGGGCUGGGUACGAAAUCACUAUUGAGCGAUGCUUCGUCUUUGGCAAGCCCGGACCCGGUGCAGGUAUGGUCAUCCACAUGGGUGGGCCCAAGUUCCUCCUAAUCGGAUGGGGUUUCCAAGUGCGCGCUCGGUCUCUCUCGCCGACCAGCACGUUCACGGGAUUCCUACGUUUCGAGGAGAAGAAGGUCGUGAAUGCGGAGACGGGGGAGCUGCGGACUUUGCGGGUCCUGAAUGGGGAUGAGACUCGGAGUGGGAUCUGUGCUAUGAUGCCGAAUGAGGAUCCGGAUUAUGGGGGAUUCCCAAUUUGUGUUACUAUCCCUGCGCAUACGAUGAUUGCGGAGUUGGAGGUCUACUCGGUUGAGGAGGUGGAUGAUGUAUGA